AUGGCUGGGGCCUCGAGACGCUCUCUCGGGCAGUUGCUCCAGCAGGGCUGGAACGAAAUUCCUGAAGUUAUAGGGUCAACGGGAAUGGCUAUCGUGGGCAUCGGUUUCGCCACUGUGGGUUGCUAUAAUUAUGUCAAACAGGAUGGAGACAACCGAAGAUAUAAGAGUACCUACACCAUAAUGAGACCAGAUGACCCUAAAGUUAAAUUAAUUCGUAAAGAUUAA